AUGCCCGCCUUCGGAAACACCUUCCCCUUCUACACGGGCCCCAAGCCGGUCUUUCCCGUGGACACUACCUGGGCCGUCACCGCCGCCGUCUUCCUGACCGCGCUGGUCACCUUCAUCACUAUCCUGCCGGGCAUCCGGGGCAAGUCGAGGCUGUUCUGGCUGCUGCGUGUCGUGAUCAGCCUCUACAUUGGAGCCGCCACAUUGGCGGUGAAUUUCAGCGCGGAGUGGGCCGUGGGCCGAAUCAGCGCCAACACUACGUACAAGGCGUUCAGUACAGCACGGGUGAGUGUGGACGUCGGGCUGCAGGUCGGGCUGAGAGGCGUCAACAUCACCCUGAAAGGGACCCCCGUGCACCAGCUGAACGAGACCAUCGACUACAACGAGCGGUUCGACUGGCGGUUCGGGAAGAACUACGAGGAGGCCUACGAGGCCGGGCUGGAGAAGGGGCUGCCGGACCCGGUGCUCUACCUGGCCGAGAAGUUCUCCCCGCCCAGCCCCUGCGGCCUGCACCGACAGUACCGCCUGGCCGGACACUACGCCUCGGCCACACUCUGGAUGGCAUUUCUGUGCUGGCUGCUGGCCAACGUCCUGCUGUGCAUGCCCGCGCUGGUCUACGGUGGCCACAUGCUCCUGGCCACGGGCCUCUUCCUGCUCCUGUCGCUGCUCUUCUUUUCCACGGCCACCGCCCUGACACCCCCAUGCCUCCUCCGCCUGGGCCCUGCCACGCUGCAAACCCACCAGGGCACCGCCUUCUGGCUCACGCUGUUCACGGGGCUGCUCUGCCUGGGGCUGGGCCUGGCGGUGAUGGUCCUCAACCGGACAAGGCCGGACAGACUCAAGAUUUUCUUCAACCAGAGCGAGGUGGGGCGACCCGAGGUGGGAAGGCCCAGCCCUCGCUACCGGCCCGUGCUGGACAUCGCCCUGUCGGAGGCCCUCCUGGAGGAGGACGAGCCCACCGCCAGCUCCUCCCCCAGCUCCUCGCCCGGCCCGGCUCCCAGUCCCGGCCCUUCCCUCGCCCCUGGCAGUUCCCCUUAG